UCAGUUUGUUUGAAUGAAGCCCCAUUUAACCAGUGAAAGCCCCUCUCCUCUCAGCUUGUUACUAUACAUACCAACAUGCAUGGAAAAUAACUGACUCAGCUGUGCUGCUAAUAAAAGACCUCAAAUCCCAAAGUAUUGCUGUGGCAGACUGACCGACUGUCGUGUUGGAGGAGCUCUGCUGAAGAGCGCAGCUACAGCUCCUCAGGACAGGAAUCAAACCAGACUACCUGCAAAGGCCAAGGAAGCAGAGAUGGAGCCAUCAUGGACCACCACCGUUCUCCUGGUGCCCUGUGUGGUUGUGCUAACAGCUGGAUUCUUUUACAUCUAUGGCAUAAUUAUGAGUCUGUUAUCCAAAACAUCAGUACGCAAUAAGGUGGUGGUCAUAACUGAUGCUCUAUCUGGACUGGGAAAAGAAUGUGCAGGUGUGUUUCACAAAGGAGGAGCAAGGCUUAUCCUCUGUGGGAAAAACUGGGAGAAACUUGAGGAGCUUGCAGAUGAUAUGGUGAAUGUUUCUGAUCCCACAGACACCUUCCCCCCUAAGCUGGUGUUAUUGGACUUUGAAGACAUGGACAGCAUGCCUGAAGCCAUCGCAGAAAUCCUGGAGUGUUACGGCUGCUUGGAUAUUCUCAUCUUCAACGGCAGCUUGAAGGUCAAAGCUCCUGCACAGAGUCUUUCUCUGGAGAUGGACAAGCUUCUGAUGGACAACAACUACUUUGGGCCCAUCACACUGGCUAAAGGUGUGCUGCCCUCCAUGAUCUCAAGGAGAAGUGGUCACUUGAUCCUGGUUAACAGCAUCCAAGGGAAAAUAGCAGUACCUUUUCGCACUACAUAUGCAGCCUCUAAACAUGCAGUUCAGGCUUUCUUUGAUUGCCUGAGAGCUGAAGUGGAAGAAUACGGCAUCUCCGUCAGCACCAUCAACCACACCUUCAUCAGCCGCUCCGCUUCUGAAAUGCCAGCUUCCAAAUCCCUUUGGUCAUUGUUGUACACUAAGAAGCCGCUCGGCGUUUCUCCGGACGAGGCGGCCACGGAAAUCGUGAAGACUUUAAACAACAAAAAUAAAGAGGUGCUAAUUGCACCAUCCCUCCCCAAGAUGGCCAUUUAUGCCAGAUCCUUCUUCCCCAACGUGUUCUUCGCUGUGAUGGCUUCCGGUGUGAGGAACUCUGCUGCUGCCGAGCCGAUGUAAAGAUGCUGUCUGACACUUAGAUAUCAUGACAGCUGUAAUACAGCUGUUUUUCUGUAGCAGUGGAACUGUAGUAGUCCAUAGUUUCACCACUGAAAGAAUAUUUUUAAAAAUAUAUUUUACAGGUUAAUACAAAAAUUACAUUAAAAUGUAAAUUAUGAAGAACCUAUUGGAUUUCUAAAAUUGUAAACAAUAAACAUACAAAUAAAUGUUGUAUUGCCUUGAAUUUAUUUUCUAUUUAAAUUAUGUAAUAGUCUUGUUUUUGAGGCAUUUUCUUUGAAAAAAUUUUAGAAGUUUAUUGAUGACAUCAAUAUCACAUAUAAAAAAUUAGAUUCAGCAUUGAUUUCUCAUCUUUGUGAUUCUUGUAAUAUUUAUCAUGGGUUUCUUUAUAAUGGAAACUGUGUUCUUCUGUUCACUUACUGAAAGAUGAAAGCAAUAAUAGUUUAAUGCUUUUAAGUUUUUCCAAGAAUUAUUAUCUGGGCCACAUUAAAGAAUAAAAAAACACACAAAAGGUAAAAACUCAAUGACAGUGAUAUAAUCAGUUAUAAAGGAAUAAUCACAAUUUUGUUAAUAUGGCACAGACAGUGAUAAGAAAGAAGAAAUGUGGAGAGAGACAGAGUUACAGACAAUAACAACCUCAUCACCCCGUCUAGUACAAUUUCACAGACGCCCAGAUUUAAAAUGUUGAAGAAACAGUGUGCAUCAAGCUUCUUUAUCAAAUCA